GAUCACGCAUUUUCGGUUUUUGGUUUCCUCUUGCAACAAGUGAACAAGGUGAAAAAAGUGUGCAUCACUGCCAGGAAUCAAAAAUCAUCGUUGCCUUGCUCGUCGACCAUUCACUUCCCAUUUCGAACGUUCUGGAAUCUCUGGCACCCAUCCCAGACACGGCUCCAAACUCCGAACAAAACAAGCACCACACACGGUUUCACUCCAUCGUCAUUGCACCAAAACCAGGGUUUCGCAAAGAUCUCGUCGCCGUGAAUUUCUCCAAGGAUUGAUCGACGUCGACCACAGACCUUUUUUCUUUCGUUUCGUUUUCUUUCAAUCUGCGCACAACAGCGAUGACCAGCUAUCAGCACGAUACAACCAAGGACGGGUACAUGCCCAUCGGCGGCAGCGAAACCGCCCGCCCGGACAGCAAAAAGAAGAGCAAAUGGAUUCUUGCGGGGGUCGUCGUUGCGGUUCUCGCCGUUUUCUGCGGCAAGUCCCUCUACAAACCCGCCGGAAAAUCCACCCAGAUUGCCAUGAAGAAAUCCGGCCUUACCAUCAACGAGGACGGAACCGUCAUGCUCUUUGACAAACUGAGUGAGUAUCGUAUCGCAUCGUAUUGUUCUUUGCUUUGCUUGGCGUUGCGGUGUUGUGACGAUUGUCUUGGGCUCGGGGAGAGAGAAGCAGAAAGGGGCUCGUCGCGAUGCAUCGUUUUGCAACGACCGAAACGUUGCUCACACCGACGAACCAUCCCUCUCGGUUUGCUGUAUCCAAUGCUGUAUCCAAACAAUGCUGUAUCCAAAUGCUGUAUCCAAAUGCUGUAUCCAAACAAUGCUGACCACUUGACUUUUCUCCCCCCUCUCUUCCACCGAACUGCCUGCUCCCCAGAGCGUUUCGUCAUGGAGGACUACGACGCCAAGUCGAACUUUGCCUCGUUCCUUCCCGGUGUCGGCGGAUACCUGGGAAAACCCGUCUGGGCCUUUUACGUCAAUCGCGGCCAGAUCGUUUCGACCUUUGGCAUCGAGUCCAAGGACUACCCCCUCCUCGAAUUCAACGCCGCCAACAAGGCCUACCAGGUCACCUCCUACAUUGGCUUCCGCACCUUUGUGCGCGGCACCCGGAAGGGCGCCUCGGUCCUCGGAAACUCCUUCCAGGUGGAGCCCUUCUCCCCCGCCCGGUCCCGAAACCUCGACGACCCCGGGGACGACCCCGACAAGCCGAAGCGCGUCCUGUACGUCGGCACGAACGAGGUCGAAAUCGAGGAAAUCGACGGCGUCAACGGCCUCAACACCGGCGUCAAGUACUACGUCCUGCCGGAGGAAAACUUCCCCGCCCUGGUGCGCCGGACCACCUUUACCAACACCGGAACCACCGAUCUCGAGCUGGAGGUCCUGGACGGCCUGGCCAAGAUGGAGCCCAGCGGUGGAAAACUCGACGGCAUGCUCAAGAGCAUGGGACGCACCCUCGAGGGUUGGUUCGGUGUCUACCACGCCGACGACACACUCAACAUGCCCUUUUACAAAUUGUCGAUGGAGCCCGGGGACACCGCCAAGGUCACGAUCGAAGAGAAGGGAAAUUACUGCCUCUCCUUCAUCGAGUCCGAAGACGAAACCGCCGAAUUGUUGCCCAUUGUCUUUGACAAGGACAAGGUCUUUGGGAAAUCCACGAGCAUGGAAUACCCCCGCGGCCUCGAGGCCAGCUCGGUGGGCAAAAUCUUGGACAACAAGCAAUAGUAAGUGUCGGUGUGGUGUCGGUGUGUUUGAUUUUAAUUUUUUGGUUCCCGGUGGUCGCGCUCACAGCCUCUUUUGCUCGAACUUGUUUGCAUUGCAGCGGCGAGUCCAAGACCUCCUCCUCGUUCGCCGCGGUUCGUUCCGUAACGCUCAAACCCGGCGAAGACAUUACGAUCGCGUCCGUGUACGGCCGUGCCGACCACAUCGACGAGGUCCCCGAAAUUGCCGAGAUUGUAACCGCACCCGGUUUCAUCGCGAAGAAAUUUGCCCGCGCCCGCGAAAUGAUCAACGAGAUGACCGUGGGAGUCGAAACGAACACCACCAAUCCUCUCUUCGACACCACCGUCCGCCAGAUGUUCCUGGACAACUCCCUGCGUGGAGGAAUCCCCACCAUCCUGGGGAACGUCGACGACGACACCAACUACGACGAAGACCCCGGCGUGAAGGUCUACCACUCCUUUUCUCGCAUCCACGGUGACCUGGAGCGCGACUACAACUGGUUUUCCAUCGAACCCGCCUAUUAUUCCCAGGGACCCGGCAACUACCGUGACAUUGCCCAGAACAGGCGCAACGACGUGACCUUUUUCCCUCGCAUGGGUGGCUUUGACGUGAAGCAAUUCCUUUCCUUCAUCCAGGCCGACGGGUACGAACCACUGACCGUCGAGGCCCAGGUCUACGUCUUUAGCGACCACGAAAAGGCGGACGAGAUUGCCAGGGAGGUCACCGUGGAUGCCAAGAGCGCCAAGGUCCUCGGAGAAAUCCUGAAGGGAGGCCAGUUCCGCCCCGGCCAGCUUUUCCAGCUCGCCGAUCAGCUCAACAUCAACCGCAUCGACGACGACAAGCUCUUUCUCAACACGAUCAUGGCGGCGUCCGAGGACCACGCCAUGGCUCUCUUCGGCCAGGGCUACUGGGCCGACCACUGGGACUACUACAUCGAUCUAGUGGAGGCAUACCUGGCCAUCUACCCCGAUGGCGAAGAAGAGUUGAUGUACGACAACGAGCUCCGAUACUUCUUUUCUACCGCCACGGUUCGUCCGCGCGCCGACAAGUACGUCCUCGACUACACCUUUGACGGAACGCAGCAGCAUGUUCUCCAGCUCGAGGCGACCUACUAUGACAUGGACAAGGCGCAAGAGCAGGAGGAUUUCCGAAGCAGCAAGACUGGUCUCUUGGGCAUCGAGGCCUCGUGGCAGAGAACCGAGGACGGAGUCACCUUCAAGAGCACCCCCAUUGCCAAGCUCUUCCUCCUCGGUUCCCUCAAGUUUGCCAUGCGAGAUGCAUGGGGCAUGGGUGUGGAAUACGAAGGUGGCCGCCCCGGUUGGUUGGACAGCAUGAAUGGUCUUCCGGGCAUGGUUGGCAGUGGCAUGCCAGAGACCUACGAGCUGCUCCUGCUCUUGAAAUACGUGAAGAAGGUCGUGGACGCCUACGACCGCGACGUGGAAGUCCCCUCCGAGCUCGGAACCAUGAUCACUACCGUCGAAGCUGCCCUCGACAAACUGGAAGGCGCUUCGUACAAGGACACCUUCCCCCUCCCCCACGACGUUCCCGAACCUCUGUUUGAAUACUGGGACACCGUUGCUACCGCACGCGAAGAGUACCGCGAGGCCGUCGAAUACUACUUUUCUGGAAGCACGACGACCUACACCGGAAAGGAGGUCUCGAAGAUGCUGAAGCGCUGGAUCGAGGAGAUCGAACUCGGAAUCGAGCGCUCCCACGACUUUGGAACCAAGGGAUUCGGCGACGACGGAACUUCCGGGGUCCCUGCCUGCUUCUUCUCGUACGAUGUUACCGAGUGGGAGCUGACCGGAGAGCACAACGAGGUCGGGCUUCCCCUCGUCGACGCAAAGGCAAUGAAGGUUGGUGUCUUCCCCAUGUUUUUGGAGGGGCCCGUCCGUUACAUGAAGACGAUCCAAGACGACAAGAAGAAAAUGACGGACACGUACGAGCGCGUGCUGACUUCUGGAUUGCGUGACCAGAAGCUGGGCAUGUACUUUUUGUCUGCCAGUCUCACCGGGCAGUCUUACGACAUGGGUCGUCAGAUUGCCUUCGCUCCGGGUUGGUUGGAGAACCAAUCGAUCUGGAUGCACAUGUCCUACAAGUACUACUUACAGCUUCUUCGUGGAAAGCUUUACGACCAGUUCUUUGACGAAUACAAGGGAGGAGGCAUCCUUCCGUUCAUGGAUCCCGACGUUUACGGCCGUCCCCUCACCGAAUGCUCGUCGUUCAUUGCCUCGUCCGUCUUUCCCGAUCCAAGCAUCCAUGGGAUGGGGUUCUUGGCUCGAUUAUCGGGUUCUACCGCCGAAUUCAUGGACAUAUACCAGCUCAUGUUCUACGGACCGACCAUGUUCUACCUCAACGAGGAGGGCGACGUGGAAUUCCAGCUGAAGCCCGCGAUCCCCUCCUGGUUGUUCCACGACGACGACAGCCACGGGGACUCGAUGAUGGACGAGGACGGACAAUACAUUGUUUCCUUCAAACUCUUUGGUGCGAUCCCCGUUACCUACCACAACCCCGAUGGCGGCAACAUUUAUGGCAUUCCACCAAACAAGUACGUGAUUGUCAUGAAGGAUGGUUCCACCGAGGAGAUCAACGAAGAUUUCAUUCCAAACAAGUAUGCCCUGAAGAUUCGCCGCGCCAAGGAAGUGGCAUCCAUCGAUGCCUACUUUUGAGCGGCCGUCUCGAGCGGACCCUAUUAAAUAAAAGAAAUAACGAAGU